AUGGUAGGGUUUGUACAAAUUUGGAAAUGCAAGAAGACAUGCGCUCUAUUAUUAAUCUUUUUCUUCAUUAUAAAUUACCCUCCUUUAAGCUCAUCAGAAAAUAAUCCACAUCAUAAUAUUCACACCACCACACAUAACCUACUCUCCUCUGCCUUCUAUGGUGGUGGCGCUGCUUGGGAGAAACAAGUCCGUCACUCUUCCACUCCUCGACGUAGCAAUGGUUUGUCAGUAUUGGUUACAGGUGCUGCUGGCUUUGUUGGUUGCCAUUGCUCUAUGGCAUUGAAGAAACGUGGGGACGGAGUCUUGGGAAUAGAUAACUUCAACUCCUAUUAUGACCCGUCCUUGAAACGUGGGCGCCAGAAAUUACUAGCUCAGUACGAGAUCUUCAUCGUGGAAGGUGAUAUAAAUGAUGCCGAGCUAUUGGCCAAAUUGUUCGACAUCGUUCCAUUCACGCACGUGCUCCACCUGGCCGCGCAGGCGGGUGUACGGUAUGCAAUGAAGAACCCGCUAUCUUAUGUCCAAUCAAACAUUGCAGGAUUUGUCAACUUGUUGGAGACAGUCAAGUUAGCUAACCCUCAACCCGCGAUUGUCUGGGCAUCGUCCAGCUCGGUUUACGGGUUGAACACAAAUGUACCAUUCUCCGAAAAUCACCGUACUGACCAACCAGCUAGCCUGUAUGCCGCCACAAAAAAAGCGGGUGAAGAAAUUGCUCAUACGUAUAAUCAUAUUUACGGUCUUUCUUUAACCGCUUUAAGGUUUUUUACUGUUUACGGUCCGUGGGGUAGACCAGACAUGGCCUAUUUUUUCUUUACUAAGGACAUGGUACAAGGUAAACCAAUAAAUGUUUAUGUCACACAAGACAACAAAGAGGUGGCGCGUGACUUCACGUACAUCGAUGACAUCGUUAAAGGGUGUCUGGGGGCACUCGACACGGCGGAGAAGAGCACCGGUAGUGGCGGAAAGAAGAAGGGUCCUGCACAACUAAGGGUGUACAAUUUAGGUAACACUUCACCAGUGUCGGUGAACAAAUUGGUGACAAUUUUGGAAAGUUUAUUAAAUGUGAAGGCUAAAAAGAAGUUUCUUAAAAUGCCAAGAAAUGGUGAUGUCCCAUUCACACAUGCUAAUGUUACAUUGGCUAAAAGGGAUUUUGGGUAUAAGCCAACCACAGAUUUGUCAAGUGGAUUGAGGAAGUUUGUCAAGUGGUAUGUGAGUUAUUAUGGGAUUCAAUCAAAAAAAUUAGACUCAUCUAAUGCCCAUUCUCAAGAUUGAGCGAUAUUAAUGGUGGUAUUCAAGUCAGCUUGUGGCGUAUUUUAACCAUUGUAUCAGAUAUAGUUAGUCAGAUACGGUACAUGUUACCUCCCACGUCUAGCACAUGUUUUGAGUAAUUCUGCAGGCCUAGAGGCCAGACUUAGAUGGAUGAAAAACCAAAAAAAAAAAAAAAAAAAAUUCAAACAUGUUUAUACUUUUCUUAUUACUUUUUUACAUACUAAGAAAGUGAGAAGGGAGGAAAGCGCAAUUGUAGAUUAUUUGUGAAGUGGAGUUGUAAUAAAUGUUUAAAUAGUCUUGUUUGUAUGUAGGAAUAUUAUUAGGAAAAGGGCAAAAAAGCUGGAAUUUCUGUAUAAAAAAUUAGUGCAGAUCAGCCUUGUCAUCAAUCAAGAAUUGUAAUGAGUUAAGACAGCAAAUCAAUGAUGAUUAAAUCAAGAUUUUCUUUUAUGCUUU